AUGGAGCGAGAUUUCAUGGGGUUGGGAUCGCAGCACCUGAACAAGGCUACCGUGAAGGAGGAGACUCCUGCAGAAUCCGCCGCCAAGGAUUCCGUGACCAUGAGGAACUCUGGAGGAGCUCAGUGGUCAUUUUCAUCCAACAAGGUCUCUGCUGUUCCCCAGUUCUUGUCAUUUCAGACUGCUCCUGAAGACAAACCAAGGAAAAGUAUUUUUGAUCCGGUAGCCUCGUCAAGCUUCAUGUCUAUCUCAAAUGCUGAUACUUUCGACUCCAGCAACAAGAGGGGGUCUGCCUCCUUCUUACAGAAAAAUUGGAUGGAAGCUGGAAGCCAUCAUCGCAAAAUGGCACCUCGCCCAAUGCAGCAGCACAUUGAUGCAUUCCCUUUGGGAUCCACCAAGGAUAUUACAAAAUUCCCUCUGUCUAACGGACACCAAAAUGCUCAUCUUUCUCUGGGCACUCCUGUUCUGCAGUCCCAUUUUGCUUCCACUACACAUAGCGGUUUCAGAAACUCCAUGACCAUACAACCACUCGGUGGGGUUCCAGUUGCAACACCUAUUCCUGUUGUUCCAGCUUCAACAAGCUCUGUAAUUGGCACUACCGAGCCCCGGAACACCCCCAAGUUCUCUGGCUCCUCUGCCCAGUUAACCAUCUUUUAUGCUGGUUCUGUUUGUGUUUAUGAUGAAGUCUCCCCUGAACAGGCACAGGCUGUUAUGUCAAUGGCUAGAAGAAGCGGGCCAUCUCCUUCGCGUAAUAAUAAGCCAGCUUCAACUCCAGCUUCCCAAAUGCAGCCUGCUGUCCAAACCUCCCUCGUUAUGGACCAUCAUUUUGCAGCGAACAAAUUCAGUAAAACACCUCCAGUGUCAAGCAUGCCGAGUCCCAUUUCUGUGAGCUCAAGUACGAGCAGUGAAUCCGGAACAGCGAGAUCUCUCGUGUCAUCACCUAACAUCCAUUUCGAGCCAUCUUCGAUCCAAACUAGUUCCUGUGGAGGACCUGCUCCCAUUGCAGUAGGGCUGCCUCAGCAGGUUCGUAUACCCCAGGCCCGGAAAGCAUCGUUGGCUCGGUUUUUGGAGAAGCGCAAGGAAAGGGUGUCCAGUGCAUCGCCUUAUUCGGCAAGUAAGAACUCUUCGGAAGGCAACGUCUGUGCCUGA